AUGUCGAAGAAGGAUGUAUCUGUCCACGAAGGAGCCAGUCCAGAGCUUGAGAUCGGACUUUCCCUGGGUCUGUCCGAGGCGGAGCAGAAACGCAUCAAGCGACGCAUCGACAGGCGGCUGAUCCCAAUCGUAGGGCUUAUGUACUGUGUCUCCCUGGUCGAUCGCACCAACGUUGCCGCUGCCAGCGUCGCCGGUAUGAUUGAGGAUCUGAACUUGAUUGGAAACCGAUACUCGGUAAUCACUCUCGUCUUUUUCACCACGUAUAUCGUCUUCCAGCCUCCGUCGACGAUUUUGGUGCGCAUACUGGGUCCGCGCGUGCAUCUCGGUGGCAUCACGCUGCUCUGGGGUGCAGUCAUGAUCGGGAUGGGCUUCACGAGGACGUGGGAGCAACUGGCUGCUCUGCGUGUCGUUCUUGGCUUGUUUGAAGCCGGAUUCUUCCCAAGCUGCAUCUAUCUCCUCAGCACCUGGUACACGCGCUACGAAAUGGGGACGAGGUACAGCUUGUUCUACGCCUUUGGAGCUGUCGCCGGAGCCCUUGCGGGCCUCAUGGCUUAUGGUCUGGUACACAUGGACGGGAUCCGCGACAUGCGAGGAUGGCGCUGGCUCUUUGUCGUGAAAGGCAUCCUCACCUGUGUGAUAGCCCUGGCAGGCUUUCUGCUGCUGGUUGACUUUCCAGACUCGAACCGGAGCACCUGGAGGUUUCUGUCCCAGAGCGAGCGCGCCUGGGUCGUGUCGCGCGUGGAUGCCGACCGGGGCGAUAGCACAGUGACCAAAUUCUCCCUCAAACGCUUUGCUGGGCAUGGCCUGGAUUUCAAACUAUGGCUGUUCGGGCUGCUGUUCUUCUUUACCUCGUCGCAAGGCUACGCGCUCUCCUUUUUCACCCCCAUCAUCCUGACUACCGGCAUGGGCUUUGACGCCACAAUGACCCAGAUUCUGCAGAUUACCCCGAUGCUCUGGGGUGCCUGCUGCAUGUUUGCCAUCGGCUGGCUGGGCGACCGAUGGAGGGUCCGCGGGCCACUCAUCGUCUUCAACAUGACCGUUGCCAUCGUGGGGCUUGCCUUGAUCGGCUUUCACAGCCUGACGGGGGUGCGGUUUCUCGGGCUAUUCCUCGCGAGCGGGGGCUCCAACUCCAACAUUCCGUUGAUCAUGGCCUACCAGGCAAACAAUAUCCGGGGCCAGUGGAAGCGCGCCUCGGCCAGUGCAAUCCUGGUGGGGCUGGGGGGUGUCGGAGGCAUUGCCGGCAGCCUCGUAUUUCGCCCUUCGGAUGCUCCUCUGUUUCGGCCGGGUCUCUGGGCCUGCAUCGCGUUCUGCGUCGCCAGCAUUGUCCUGGUGCUUGUGCUUAGCCCCUACUUCUGGUACAUGAACCGCCGGGCUGAUCGGGGCGAAAUCGUCCUUGAGGACGAAGAAGACAGAGAGGUACGCAUUUUUGUUUCCUGA